AUGGAUCCGCUCGACAAAGUGAGGGCACAGGCCUACCGCGACGCCUGCCGCGCAGCAUACUUCGGCGUCGAAAAGGUCUACAAAGCGGAAGAAUUCAUCCAGGAGCUCGAUGAGAAACUUACCGGAGGUCGAGUUGGCCAGAUGACUGCUUUGACUGGCGGAGUGAAGAUCUCGUGGAACAAGAGACUGACAGCCACGGCUGGCCUGGCCAAGUGCAAGCGUGGCAUCCUGCAUCGCAUGUCCUCCGCCACCAUCGAGUUGUCCGACAAACUCAUUGAUGACCAAGACCGCCUGCUCAACACUGUCGCUCACGAAUUCUGUCACGUCGCCAACAUCUUGAUCAGUGGAGAUCUUCGCUCCCACGGAUCUGGUUUCAAGGAAUGGGGCAGGAAAUGCGAAGAAGUGUUCACCGAUCUCGGUAUCAAGGUUACAAGAACACACAACUACAAAGCCAAGUUUGAGUUCAUCUGGACAUGCACUGAGAAGCAAUGUGGCGAAGAAAUUGGCUACCAUACCAAGAGACUUGACCCCAAGAAAGACAGAUGUCGUCGUUGCGGUGGUGUCUUGAUGCAGACAAACCCAGUUGCACGUGUUCUCAAGCCUCGCCGCGACUGGGACAUUUGGGGAUGA